CGCCAGACGCCGGCGUCACUUUUUCUCAACUCUUCGUUGGUAGCGGAUCGUAGCAACCCUCGUGUCGUUAGCCGUCCUCAGUGUUCAGUGCUAAAAAACUGUGUAUUGAGUGUUCCGUGAUAACUGCAAGUAGAAAAAAAAAACAACCAACGCGAAGAUGGAUUUCUACUACUUGCCCGGAUCGGCACCGUGCCGUGCUGUGCAGAUGACGGCCGCUGCCGUUGGCGUCGAGCUGAACCUGAAGCUGACCAACCUGAUGGCCGGUGAGCACAUGAAGCCCGAGUUCCUGAAGGUAAACCCGCAACACUGCAUCCCGACGCUGGUCGACAAUGGGUUCGCGCUGUGGGAGUCGCGCGCGAUCUGCACCUAUCUGGUGGAGAAGUACGGCAAGGACGAGCAGCUGUACCCGAAGGAGCCGCAAAAGCGGGCGGUCGUCAAUCAGCGCCUCUACUUCGACAUGGGGACGCUGUACCAGCGGUUCGCCGAUUACUACUACCCGCAGAUCUUCGCCAAACAGCCGGCCAACGCGGAGAACGAGAAGAAGAUGAAGGAUGCGGUCGAUUUCCUCAACACCUUCCUCGACGGCCAGAAGUACGUCGCCGGUGAUCAUCUCACCGUGGCCGAUCUGAGCAUCCUCGCGACCGUGUCCACCUACGAUGUGGCCGGUUUCGAGCUGGCCAAGUACCCGAACGUACAGAAGUGGUACGACAGCAUCCGCAAGGAGGCACCCGGUGCCGCCAUUAACGAGGCCGGCAUCGAGGAGUUCAAGAAGUACUUCGAGAAGUGAAGGAGAGAGAGAGAGAGAGACGGUCACGCAGCACCCUGGCCUCUGGUAGCGCUGUUGAGGUGUCCCGAUUGUGACCGGUCGAUUGUUUUCCCCCCUUUUUUUAUUGUUUUUGCGUGUGUGUUUUUGUAAGGUAACAAUAAACCU